UCCAUGCAUCCUCCGAUCUCUUGCGAUAAAAAGACUUCGCUCGUUGCUGGUGGAAUUGUUCUGCAUGAUUGAGAUGCCAGCAAUGCUGCUCAAUACUUGGGUGGUCUGCCUGCUUCUCCUCCACCCAAGUCUUGCAGGUGGAAACCACGACUUCGUCUUCAAUGGAUUUGGGGGAUCCAAUCUCACCCUCGGUGGUGUCGCAUCGAUCACUUCCGGUGGUCUCUUGAUGCUCACCAACAACACCAAGGAGAAGAUGGGUCAUGCCUUCUACCCAUCCCCACUGCGCUUCCGAGAUCUGCCUAAUGCUACAGUCUUCUCCUUCUCCACCACUUUUGUCACUGCCUUCAUCUCAGAGUACGCCGAUUUUAGCAGCCAUGGAGUCGCCUUCGUAGUUUCUCCCACCAAGGACUUCUCCAGAGCCUUAGGGAGCCAAUACCUGGGCCUCUUCAAUCGAAGCAAUGAUGGCAAUUCAAGCAAUCAUGUAUUGGCGAUUGAGCUCGAUACAAUCAACAACCCCGAAUUCCAAGAUAUCGAUGACAAUCAUGUCGGCAUCGAUAUCAACAGCUUGACAUCCAUGGACUCCCACACCGCUGGUUAUUAUGCUGAUGACACCGGCCUGUUCAAAAGCUUGAGGUUUAGCAGUGGCCAAGCCAUGCAAGUUUGGAUAGAUUACGACGGUCAAGAGAUGCUCCUGAACGUUUCCUUGUCUCCGAUCCCGAUGGCCAAACCCCAUAAACCCCUCUUAUCCACUGCCAUCGACCUCUCGAGCUUGUUAUCGGAAUCCAUGUAUGUCGGAUUCGCCUCAUCCACAGGUCCUGCCUUAACAUCUCAUUACGUUCUUGGUUGGAGCUUUACGUUGAAUGGAGCAGUAGCUCGAGCUCUCGACUACUCCUUGCUGCCUUCGCUUCCUCGUACGAAAUCAAAUGUUAGAUCAAAAGUAUUGCACAUCGGGCUGCCCUUAGCGUCCAUCACACUUGUUUCUGUGAUUGUAGUAAUUGUCGUUUUCAUCGUGAGAUGGAAGAUCAAGUAUGCAGAGCUCCUGGAAGACUGGGAGCUCGAGUACGGACCUUAUCGGUUCUCGUACAAAGAUUUGUUCGGAGCCACGAAAGGUUUCAUGGACGAGGAGCUGCUCGGAAGGGGUGGGUUCGGAAGGGUCUACAAGGGGGUGCUUCCGUAUUCUGGAUCAGAGGUCGCGGUGAAAAGAGUGUCUCACGAAUCAAAACAGGGUAUAACAGAGUUCAUAGCAGAGGUCGUCAGCAUCGGUCGUAUCCGCCACCGGAAUCUUGUUCAGCUGCUCGGCUAUUGCCGACGCAAAGAGGAGCUGCUGCUGGUGUACGAUUACAUGCCCAAUGGCAGUCUCGAUAAGUUUCUGUACGACCAAGAGAAGCCUCCUCUGGAUUGGGCGACACGGUUCCGGGUCAUCAAAGGCGUGGCAUCAGGCGUUCUGUAUCUACAUGACGACUGGGAGCAGGUUAUAGUCCACAGAGACAUCAAGGCGAGCAAUGUGUUGCUCGACAGCGAAUUGAAUGGAAGACUGGGUGACUUCGGCCUAGCAAGGUUAUACGACCAUGGAACCGAUCCAAAGACCACCCGCGUCGUCGGAACCAUCGGUUAUCUUGCUCCCGAGCUCGCUCGAACCGGCAAGGCGACCACCGUCACCGACGUGUUUGCGUUCGGCGUCUUCCUCCUCGAGGUUGCUUGCGGGAGGAGGCCGGUGGAGCGGAUGGCGGCGGAGGAGCAGUUGGUUCUAUCGGAUUGGGUGUUGGAUAACUGGAGGAAGGGGACGAUACUGGCAACGAUGGAUCCAAGGCUGGGGGAUGACUACGCGGUGGUGGAGGUGGAGCUGGUGUUGAAGCUUGGAUUACUGUGCUCGCAUCCACUUCCCACAGCAAGGCCGAGCAUGCGCCAAGUCGUGCGCUACUUGGACGGCCAUGCACCGCUCGCCGAACUCUCGCCCACGUACCUCAGCUUCAGCGCUUUUGUGCAGGUUCACAACGAAGGUGCCGAUGACCAUAUCACGUCGUAUACUUCGUCGGUGGCUUCUGCAUCGGUUAUCUCCGGAGGUCGAUGACAGAGGAGGACAUGGCUAUGUGUGUAUAGAUUGCAAAUGCUGUGCCGUGCCUGUAGAUUCCUCUCAUGUCUAACCUCCUGCAGAAACUGGAGUUGGAAUCCGACUUGGCUCAUCUUAGAGGUGUUGUUGUCGUGAUCUAUGAUUCAUGCAAUUUGUAACUUAGUGUAGAACAAAACGAAAACCUCAAUCGAGUCAUGUAUUUAAU